UGAUGUUCAAACAUUUGACUGAAAGUUAGAUGUCUUUUCCACAGAUAAGUCAUACUUAAGUCUGGUCAUUUUUUGGACGUUUUCAAUUUAAGGACGUUUUCACGGCUAAGCAUGCUAACAGCUGAUCGGUGUAGCUUGGCUAACGUUAGCCAUGGAGCUGAAGCCACACUGCUAAGCUAGCUUAGAUACAUUUUGUCGAUGUGUACACAAGUGCAGCGAUUUAGCUAGCUUUAGCUGCCUGUUCCCUACAGCCUUCUAAAUGAAAGAGACUCCAAGCAGCAUACUCUGAUGAUUAUGUGGAAUGAUGGACAACCUGGCCGCAAAUAAGAACAACGUACCCUGUCAGUCAUGGGCAGGCCAGAAUGGCUGGUCCACAGUUUCAACCCAAGGAUCCCUCUUCAGUCCACUUCCCAGCUCUCAGCAUCUCAGCCUGGACUUGUCCUCUAGCCAAAGACCCUCCUGCGACCACCUGCAGGCGUCCAUCCACAGCUGUAUGAGUGACAUCAGCACAUUACAGUCCACUCAACGCACUGCCAUGUAUGAAACAUCUCACAGUAGCAGCAGUUCCUCAUCCAUUUCACUGUUUGCCAACACUGCUAUCCCGAGUUCCUCCCAUGGUAUUUCCUUUGCUCAGCAAAACCCUCACACGUCAUCAAUGCUGCUAACUACAAACCGAGGAAAACAUGUACCCCCGCCAUCUCUUCCCCAAACAAACCAAGCUCCACAGCCCUGUAGGCCUCAACAGCUACCACUUCUCUCAACCCAAGGCCAUUACAAAGCGUCAUUUCAACCUCCAUUCACCGAUCAGGGUUUACCAAGCGGACUUCAAGAUCUGCCGAUUAGCCUGCCCUCGUGUGGACAACAACAUGAGCAGCUUGAUUGGAUACCUUCAUCACACUGCAGGGGAGCUGCUAACAAGUCUGUCCCUGAUGCAGCAGCUCAUCCUAACAAAGAGCCAUCGCAGGAGAGGAACAUUACUCCACCGGCCAACAAUGACAUACGGCGUUCGGUGCUUUUACAUCAGCGUGCACAACUACUUGAACAACUGGCAGAGCUGAAUAAACAUCUGGAAUCAAUACCUCCAGAUGACAGUAGUGAUGGGCAGACACCACACACAGUUGUUCAGUCACAGUUACAACUUUCAGCAGAUUGUUCAUCACCUGCAUCCUACGAUGAACAGAAUGAGGCCUUUGAUACACCAGAGGAUCCAAUGUCAGAGGCAGAAUCUGUGAAAAAGGAAAACACCUCAUCUGAGGAUGGCAGUGAUCAUGAAUACAUUCCUGAAAGUAAUGGGGACUUCUCUGAUUUCCAAUCUGACAGUAGCUCUUCAGAUGAAUCCAGUCACAGCAAGCCCUCCACCCCCACGGAUGAAAGACCUUCUCUCCCAGAGAACAGACAAGACAAAUCAGGAGAUUCUUUGACUGAGGCCAAAAGUGUCAGUCUUUCAAUAUGUCCAACUAAUCUGAAGAAAUCCUCUCAAACUGUAGUGUUGCCCUGUAAGAAUACUGAAGAACAACGUCAUUAUGACAGGAGGAAUUAUUGUGUCUUCUGCUCUAAGCCAUUAUCCAAAAUGUCACGACAUUUAAUGCAGGCCCACAGUGACAAAAAAGAGGUUGCAGCUGCUUUUCAGUAUCCCGUAAAAUCCAGAGAAAGACAAAAGAUAUGGAACAGACUCAUAAAUCAAGGAAACUUUGUCCAUAAUAAAAAGGUUUUGAAAACUGGGAAGGGUCAGCUUGCCGUCAGAAAAAGACCAAAUUACGCUAGACAAGCCAUAGACUUUCUUCACUGCCUUUACUGUCGAGGCCUUUACAUGAAGAAUGCUUUGUUCCGACACAUGAAGUUGUGCCCAGAGAGAGUGAAGAAUGGAAAUGAAUCAGGGGUCGGAAGAAAACGUAUUGCAGUACGCUGUGCGCUUGAAGCUUCAGACGACCUUGGCAUAACCGAUGGUUUUAAAAGCAUUCUCACCAAGAUGACUUACAAUGAUGUGACACAAACUGUCAUGGAUGACAAGGUUCUCUUGCAGUUUGGUGAGCUGUUGUUCAACCAUUAUGGAUCUGAUGAGAAGAAGCAUGAAUAUAUAAGACAAAACCUUCGUCAGAUGGCAAGACUUGUACUCGAAGCUCAAAAAAUAACCCCUCUCAAGAAACUGGAGGACUUCUUUCUCCCUUCAAGCUUCCCACAUGUGGUGUCUGCAGUGAAUGUGCUGGCAGGCUACGAUCCAGCAAGCAAAACCUACCGCAUUCCCUCCCUUGCCAUCAAGAUUGGCUACCACCUACAGAAGACCUGUGUCAUUGUCAAGGAAAAUGCAGUUAAGAGUGGUAAUGAAAGUUUGGCAGAAUCUGCACAGAACUUUCUCUCAGUUUACCAAAAAAAAUGGAACAAGCUCGUUUCUUCAGGUGCCUUGUCAACACUGAGAGAAACUAAAUCACACACAGAAAAGAAGGUGCCCUUGACUCAAGAUGUAAAGCUCCUGAGUUGCCACAUGGAGAAGGUUCAUCUUCUUGCUGAGAAAAAACUCAGAGAAAGUCCCUCCACAGAAAACUACGCUGCUCUGGCCAAGGUAGUACUCGCCCGCACAAUCAUUUUCAACAGGAGAAAAGCCUCAGAUGUGUCGUCGCUGAAACUGAAGGAUUUCAUGUCGCGAAAGCAGUCAGAGUUGCAUGCUGGCAUGGAGUUCUCAGUAUCACACUUGGAAAAAAACAUGUGUGGGCUCUUCCCUAGAGUUGACAUACGGGGAAGUUGUGGAAGAAUGUUGCCUAUUUUACUAAAACCAACAUUUGUGUCUGCUAUGGAGCUUUUAGUAGAAGUACGCGAGACAUGUGGAGUCCUGAGUGACAAUCCCUUCCUGUUUGGCCGACCACAGGCAAUGUGUUACUACAAUGGAUCAGAUUGCCUCCAAAAAUAUGUCAAACAGUGUGCAGUUAAAGACCCGGAAGUGCUGACGGUUCCAAAGAUCAGGCAGCAUUAUGCAACAAUGGUACAGCUGAUAACCCUGGAUGAAAAUGAGGCCGAGCAAAUUUUAGGCCCUAAUAAUCAAAUCAGAGAGCUGCGACAGAACGGCAGCAUGCAGCUGGAAGACAUCGGAAUAGACUUCGAUGGAAUACAUUCUCGUUUUGUCUUCAAUGCAGAGGGAUUACAACCUGCAAGAGGACAACAAGGUGGAUCAUGGAAUCGCAACCAGCGUCCCAGCGCACACCAUGCCAAUUCAGGCAAAAAAUGUAGAAAAGGCACCCAAAUGAGUGGCAAACAUAAAUGGCAGGAAGCAGAGGUUCUCGCUGUUGAGAGACACAUGAUGCGCUUCAUUAAAGGACACAAGGUCCCUCAGAAAGACGACUGCAUUCAGUGUCUGGAGGCUGAGCCAGAAGCACUGAGGACCCGUUCAUGGAGAGGUGUGAAGGACUACGUCAGAAACAGGAUAACUUCCCUAAAACAUGAGAAAAAAUGUAGCUUCAAAGGCACUGAAGCGCGGACAUCAAAAAAGACCAGAAAGCAUGAAACGAAGACUCCACAACUGAUGAACCUGGAUGGAAAUGGGGCGGGCCAAAACGUAGGUGCUGAAAAUCAAGUCCGACAACUGUGGCAGACCAACUGCAUGCAGCAGGACAACACUGAAAUGGACUGUAAUGAGAGAUUUACACCUGCAAGAGGACAACAAGCUGCAUCAUGGAACCACAGUCAGCAUGCAGGUGCACACUAUGGCCAAGCAGAGUUUCAUCAUGAACAAGCACAAGGAGCAACAACACGGGCCAGCAAGUCUGCACCUCAAAAAUCUGCCAACUCACGCAAAAAAGGUCCCCAAAAUAGCGGUGUACAUAAAUGGCAGGAAGCAGAGGUUCUUGCUGUUGAGAGACACAUGAUGCGCUUCAUUAAAGGACACAAGGUCCCUCAGAAAGACGACUGCAUUGAGUGUCUUGAGGCUGAGCCAGAGGCACUGAGGACCCGUUCAUGGAAAGGUGUAAAGGACUACGUCAGAAAUAGGAUAACUUCCCUAAAAAGACAAAAAGGAAGUUCCAAAGCAACAUCCACAAACCGUAACUAGUCUGGCCAAGUGGAAUCCCAGUCUUAUUGGACCAAUUGAAAGUGACGACAAGAGAGUGUGACAUACAACAAAGGUUGCCUCUGAAUCGAACUGUGGAGUUGUAGUUCAGGCACUGUGGAACCGCAGCAGAGUGUUGGGCAUUUUCACCACUUGCAGUUGUGAUAUUUUGUCAAAGAGAGAAUCUAUUUUUGUGCAGUUUUCCUUUUUUGCAACAUUGUUUGUGUUUCAGUCCAUUAAGAUUGCUGAUAUUUGAACAUUUUUAUUUUUGUGUGUUAUGGUUUGUAGUUGUUCUGCAAUUUGCACAGUAUAUCUUUCAUCAGUUCAUUUGGAUAGAGACAGCUUGUGUAUACAGGCAAAUUCUGUACAGAUUUUAGCUAGAUGAUUGCUAAUUAGGUUGUUUUGCAAGUUGUCUUCUGUGACCAAGUUAUCCAGUAUGCUGUAUUUCGUUACUCUGUUUGGUACACUGCUAUACUUUAAUUCGUUGAAUUUUGUAUAACAAUUUACCACCAAUAAAGUGCCCAGAAUAACA